AGCUGCUUUACUUUUUGGACGAGUUUUGGUUUGUUACAAUUGUUAAUAAGUUGACCUGAAUUGUAAAUAUGUCGGAUUACGUGGAAAAUGAGGCGGAAGAAUCGUCAGAUGAGGAUUAUGACGUUGCAAGGACGAAACCUGCCUUGGAUUACGACAGCGAGGAUGAAGAAGAAAAUGAAAAAGAGUUGGAAAAAGAGGUUGAUGAGGAAGGCAACAUUGCUGGACUCGUGGAUGAUGAUGUUGAAGAAGAAGAAGAGGAAGGAGAUGAAGAUGACAGCGAUAUUUCAUCCGAUGCUGAUGAGGAGGAACAACCAGUAGAAGAAAAACAAAGGAAAAAAAGAAGCGCUCGAGAUUUGCGACUUGAAGAUGACGACUUUGACCUUAUCGAGGAAAACUUGGGAGUAAAAUUGAAAAAAAGAAAAAAGUUUUCAAGAUUACGAACUGUGUCCUCGGACGAGGAUGUAAGUGAAGAUGAAACGGAUACGAGGCAAGCGAUCCGGGAUGAACUAUGGAACCUGACACAUUGGAAAGAGGGUUUUACACGGAUACAGAUGCAGAAAUAAGAAACGCAGAUGUUCCUGAAAGAUUUCAACUUCGUACAAUACCAGUCAAGCCAGCAGAAGAAAGUGAACUUGAACUCGAAUCUGAGUGGAUUUAUAAAUACUGCUUUGUGGAACCAUCUAUUUCAAAACAGGAUGCCAUUGAAGAUUUGGGUUCGACCUUCAGCUCAUCCACUUUAUCAACACUUAACCGCAAACCACCAAGCUGUGUGGGAAAAAUACAGGACACUUUAAAUUUUAUGAGGAACCAGCAAUAUGAAGCUCCCUUUAUCAGUUUCUACAGGAAGGAAUACGUGGAACCUGAACUUAAUAUUCAUGACUUGUUUAAAAUAUAUCAUUGGGAUGAAAAAUGGACACAAAUGAACGUUCGUAAAGCGAGUGUUACAAGGUUAAUGCAGAAGAUGCAAACUUUUCAAUACGAACAGAUAUCUGCGGACCCGGAUAAACCAUUGGGGGAUAAUGUAAGAGCGCUAACAGAUGCGGAUAUAGAGAGAGUACAAGGCAUUCAAACCAUGGAGGAAUAUCACGAUAUAUAUCGACACUUUCUACUUCAUUAUGGGAGGGAUGUACCUAAGAUGCAGAAUGCUCUUCGUAUCCAACGGCAACGAGAGCGAGCAGAAAACGGAUUAAACCCCGAUGAGGAUGCUCCGUCAUUAGCGAGUGAUCUAAAGCAAGCUUCACGUAGACACAUGUACACCGUGUGUCUUGAUGCUGGCAUUGGGGGAGUUGCGAACAAAUUCGGUUUAACACCUGAGCAGUUUGGUGAGAAUCUAAGAGACAAUUAUCAAAGGCAUGAAACUGAGCAAUAUCCUGCAGAACCUAUGGAUCUGGCAGAGGACUUUUUGUGCCCACAGUUUUCAACUAAAGAAGCAGUGUUAGAAGGGGCAAGAUACAUGGUAGCCAUGCAGUUAGCAAGGGAACCACUAGUCCGACAAUGUGUCCGUCAAACUUUUAACGAACGAGCAAAAAUAUCCGUUCAACCGACAAAAAAAGGAAAAAAGGAAAUAGACGAAGGACAUCCUUGUUUUUCUUAUAAAUGGCUUCAAAACAAACCAGUGAAAGACCUGAGUGGUCCACAAUUUCUUCAUAUUAAAAAUGCUGAAACAGAAAACCUUGUAACAAUGACAAUCCAUAUUGAUAUGCACGGAACCGUAGGAAGUCAAACUUAUUUUGAAGAAAUAAAACAACUUUAUUACAGGGAUGAGUUCAGUCACUUGGUGCAGGAAUGGAACAACCAACGAAGUAAAGUUGUUGAGUUUAUGCUGCAGAAUAUCAUUUACCCUGAGAUGACAAAGGAACUGAAAACCCUGCUGUAUGACGAGGCUAAAAAUGGAAUAAAGGAGCACUGUGCGUUGAAACUUCGUUCAUAUCUCUCUGUCGCCCCCUACCAGUUAGAGGAGCGGGAAUAUGAUGAGGACGAAGAAGAAGAAAGGAAGGGAACGGUUGUCAUGGCGAUCGCUUAUUCAGAAGAAAGAGACUCGGCAAUGUUUGCAGCGGUUGUAUCAGGACUUGGUGAAGUGGUGGAUUUCCUUAAACUUCCUAAUAUGAGGUUUAGGAGGAAGUCCCACAUAGAGGAAGAAGCAAAGAGAAAGAAGAGUGACAUGGAUCAACUGAAAAAGUUCAUGUCGAAACGAAAACCUCACGUUGUUGUCAUUGGGGCAGAGGAUAGGCUUGCAACUACUAUACAAGAAGAUGUACAGCAGUGCGUGACCGACCUCGAGCAGGAGGGGGUGAUAUCUAACGUAGCAGUUGAAUUGAUGGAUAACGAAUUAUCAUCCGUGUAUGCUUCAACACAACGUGCACAGGCUGACUUCCGGGAUUUUCCCGUCGAAUUACGACAAGCAAUAUCGUUGGCUCGUCGUCUUCAAGAUCCAAUGUUAGAAUUCUCUCAGCUUUGCACUGCUGAUCAAGACUUAAUGUGUUUAAAACUUCACCCAUUACAGGACCAACUUAACAAAGACGAACUGCUUGAAGCUUUAGUCGAAGAGUUUGUAUUCCGUGCGUGUGAAGUAGGUGUGGAUGUAAACAGAGCUAUAACCCAUCCACACACGGCUACUGUCGUUCAAUUUGUGUGCGGUCUCGGCCCAAGAAAAGCAGCUCAUUUAUUGAAGGUUUUAAAACAGAAAAACGGACGUUUGGAAAAUCGCUCAAAUCUCGUCACUGUGUGUAAGAUGGGACCAAAGAUAUUUAUUAACUGCGCUGGUUUUAUAAAGAUUGAUACUAAAUCUAUAAUGGAAGACAGCACUGAUGCUUACAUCGAGAUCCUCGACGGACUCCGCGUACAUCCGGAGACUUACGAGUGGGCGAGGAAGAUGGCAGUCGAUGCUCUGGAGUACGAUGAGUCAGCGGAAGAUGCAAAUCCCUCGUCUGCUCUCGUUGAGAUCCUUGAAUCUCCCGAGAGGUUAAAAGAUCUUGAUCUGGAUGCUUUUGCAGAGGAACUUGAGAGACAGGGUUAUGGAAACAAAGGCAUCACACUAUACGACAUUCGUAACGAGCUCAACUCUCAAUACAAAGAUUUCCGAACCCCAUAUCGUUCUUCAACUGCGGAGGAAAAAUUUGAAAUGGUGACGAAAGAAACUUUGUCAAAUUUUAAAGAAGGUAAAAUGAUCACAUGUCGUGUUACCGGCAUCGCGCAUCGUCGACCGAAGUCCGAGCAACUCGAUCAAGCGGAACCACAUAAAGACGAGGAGACGGGAAUGUGGAAUUGUUCGUUUUGUAAAACGGGAGGAUUUGCUGAACUCAGCGAGGUGUGGGCCCAUCUUGAUAAUGGAGAAUGCCUAGGUCGAGCAGUUGGGGUUAAAGUUCGUCUCGAAGGUGGAAUCACUGGGUUUAUUCCAACAGAUAAACUGAGUGACAAGCCAGUCUCUAAUCCUGAAGAAAGAGUUCAUAUCGGCAUGACGAUCCACUGUCGCAUCACAAAGAUUGACAUCGAGAGAUUCCAAGUCGACCUUACAUGUCGGGGUUCGGACUUACGAGAUGACGCGGGGUCGUGGAAACAACAGCUCGAUACCUAUUAUGGUUUUGAACAAGAAACUUUGGAUAAAAAGAAAUUAGAAGAUUCGAAUAAAAAGUCAAACAGAACGACAUAUAUAAAGCGAGUAAUAGCCCAUCCCUCAUUCCAUAAUAUUGACUUCAAAAGUGCAGAGAAGCGAAUGCAAGAUAUGGACCAAGGUGAUGCCAUUAUUAGACCCAGCAGUAAAGGUUCUGACCAUCUCACAGCAACAUGGAAAGUUUCAGAAGGUGUUUUCGCUCAUAUUGAUAUCAGGGAAGAGAAAAAAGAAAAUGCUUUCAGUCUUGGAAGGUCAUUGUGGAUCGGCAAUGAGGAAUUCGAAGACCUCGACGAGAUCAUCGCUCGUUUCAUCCAGCCAAUGGCAGCAAACGCUCGAGAUCUCAUUGGACACAAAAACUUUCGGGAGGUCGGAGGGAAAAAGGAACUCGUUGAAGAUUUGUUGAAACAAGCGAAGAAAUCCGCUCCAUUCAGGAUCCCAUACUUUAUUUCUGCUUCCAAAUCACUGCCAGGUAAGUUCUUAUUGUCGUACAUGCCGAGAGCUCGUUCAAAACACGAGUACGUGUCAAUCAACCCCGAUGGGUAUCGCUACAGAAGUCAGAACUUUACGUCGCUCAACCAAGUAUUUAAGUGGUUUAAAGAACAUUUCCGAGACCCCAUCCCAACACAUUUAAUGAACCGAACGCCGGCGGGUGGGAACAGUGUUUCCAUAAAUACUCCGAAACAAAGAACGCCUUCAAUACGACAAACACCAAGGACUCCUAAAGAGACCCCACAACAGCCCCACACCCCAGGUUACCCCUACACCCCUAACGCCCCGUACAUUACCCCAAGUGGUAGUUACAGGGGUCAGAGGUCCCCGGCAGCGAGCAUGUUGCCCCCGAAGUCAAUACCCCCGGCAAAGUGGGCCACACCCAGUAUGACCCCAAAACGAACCCCUAAAUCAAGCGGCAGGACACCCGUUCCUUCCAACGCAGACUGGGGUAGCAGAGCACAGGAAUGGGCAAAGCAGCAACAAGGGUUAAAAAGUCCGCAUAUGACCCCGACCACACCUAAAGGGCCCCGUACCCCAGCUAGUAGCUAUGCGGGGACCCCAAGAACCCCACAAAAUAGAACUCCGCGGGGCCAGCGCACCCCUUAUUGAAAGGGGGGAUUCAAAAAGACUUUCGUAAAUCGUGGAAUCGUGAAAUUGCAAAAUAAGUUGUUUUCCCAAUUUGGAAAGAUUUCUUGAAAAUAAAUUGUACACAAGCCAUGCAGCUUAGUUGAGAAA